UCAGUUAAGUAAGAUGUCUAUGACAGCAUAAAAGGAUGUAGGAGGGAAUGAUUUGCCAGGGAACUCAAAAUCAAGAAAGGGAUGAUCUGUAUGCCAAGGUGCAAUGAGCAGAAGCAAAUAAACCUGAAGAGCAAACAU